AUGACUCAACCAAGAACAUCAUCUGUAGAGUUAACAUCUACCGUGUGCGACUCAUGCAGGGAACGCAAGCAGAAAUGCGAUAAACGAUGGCCAACAUGUUCUCGGUGUGAGCGGCUUCUUCUCAAAUGUUGCUACGCAGUUCCAACCACAGCUAGAGGACCUUGGAUUCCACCUGACGAAGGCUUGCUUUUCCAAUCCUUGACCACCCCUGAACAUGCAUUAGCACAGGACUUAAACCGCGUACCUGAUUGGAGCAUGUCAAGUCUCUCGCAUAUUGCUAGUCUAGUCAGCAAGCAUAGACGACAGAUCGAGAUUUUAGCGCAGGAAUUUCUGAUGUCUUGUCAGAAAUGGUUCCCAAUUGUCCAUCGGGACACAUUUGCGAAUCGAUAUCAUCCAGCCCUCUCUCAUGGAGCUAGAGACUCCAACACGUUGCUGUUAGCCAUGGGACUAGUGACACGGCCAUUCGUGGACAAGCUCCGGGAACCAAUAUAUAAUGCCACAAAAAGGCUGUUCUGGGAUCCAGAAGCUAUGGCAUCGCCGACUCUUCACCUCAUACAAGCCGGUCUACUACUCUCUGUACACGAAUAUGGACAAGGUCUCCUCAAUGCAUCGUAUCUGACCAUAUCUGUCUGCAUAAGUAUGGCCUAUGUUGUUGGAAUUCGCCCAACGCAGAGCCCGCCCCCAUUUCCAGUGUCAGGCUCGUGGAGCCCUUCCGAGGCAGGGUUGCGAACGUGGUGGGCCAUUGCCAUUCAUGAGAGAAUGAUCAGCUUGAAAAGCGGAUUUCCCACCAGGCCUCUCCAACUAUGCAACAUGGACAUACUUGACAAUAGAGAUAUUGACAGCGAAGUGCAAGAGAUUAUAAGGAAUGUCGUCUCCAACCCACUUUAUGAUCACUUUGUCCUUCAAACGAGAGCGGCUAUUUGGCUCGAUGUGGUUCUUGAGCUCGUGCAAAGCUCUAGCACAAUGAGUCCAGAGGGUCGACUCCACUUUCAACUAGUUGAUCGAAGCCUGCUCGUGUUUUUGCAGUCACUGGUACAUCUGGGUCUAGGAUACUGCUGCGAAGCAAUUGCAAUCAGCUUGAGCGCAUUUGUCCACCUCCACAAAUGGCGUCUCACAUCCCCCAGUCCUGCCUUCAGCCAACAGGAACGAUUCGAGUCAUCCACUGCUAUCAAAACAAUCCUCACGGUUUUGUCGGAUCUUGCUCUUGACCGUCUCCGAGAUGGAUCCCCAGAGGAAAACGAGUAUUUAUAUACGGAACAGUUUCCAUAUUUUAUUCACAUGGCCUAUCAGGUCAUGGUUGAGAUACUGAGGGUUCGGCGAAUAUCACAGAUAUCCUCUAACACCUUUGAAGCCCAAAAAAGCAUGAUCUGGAGGAUUCUGCAGACACAGUCUACUAGGUGGAAAAUCGCCGGUUUGUUCUUCCGCCCUAUUUACCUGCUGCCGCCAGGAUCUCCACGCAUUCUAACCUAUCUAGGUGACUAUUUGACCGAACUGCAUGGGAUGCUGUAG